GCGCUAGAAAGCGUCUGUUGGGACCGGGCGGCCAUGAACCUAGUGGCGGAGCGGCGGCGGAGGCGCCCGGGGGAGCUGUGCCUGCCCGAGCCUGAGCGCAAAAGAGUAUGUAGAAGUCUGGAAAUUGUUCCACAGGAGAUCAAUGCUUGCCACCCAGCAAGCAAGUAUACUAUGGAUUACUGGGAUAUGGAGGAGGAUUUGAAGCAGAAAGAUCCCACUGAAUUGUUCAACCCUCAGAUUAUGAAAGAAAAACCAAAUUACGUGAUAUUUCCGAAUAAUGAAACCAGAACUGGUGCCCAGCCUUGCCCAAGAUGUAUUGCUGGAGAACCUGGACAUUUUGGCCAUAUUAUGGGUUUAUAAAAGAUCAAAGGACACUGAUACUCCAUUACAAAAUCUGUAUGAACUGGUUUGAGCUGCCAGAUUUUUCUACACUCUUCUUAAAUUGUAUGGCUGUGAGUUGUGUUUAUGAGGGUUUGUUUGUUUAAGUUAUCAUACAUUCUCAGAAACCUAUUUUUGUUUGCUUUUGUAUACCCUAAAAUAUGUUAUUACUUCAAAAGAAUAUUCAGGUGGAUGGUUCCUCCACCCACAAUGUGGGAUUGCUAACAUACUCAUUCUCACUCCUCAUAUGUAGAUCUUAUGUGCAAGGAGAUGACUAAGCAGGGCUAAGAUCUCUGCACAAGCUUUGGAACUGUUGGAUUACAGACAGCUUCUGUGGAUAAUAUAGAAAUUUUCUCCUGAAUCAUGUCUACAAAAACACCUAGUAAAGUUUGCCUUUGUAUGUGUGAAAUGCUUUAUCCUCUGACUCACCCAUCCUCGCUUUUAAAAUGUCAGAUUUAAUCUAGAGGGAAGUACUGUAUUUUCCAAUAAGAUGUAGAUCUUUAACAGUGGGGUUAGAAAACAUAUCAGGUGCUGAAAAAAUGAAGACCUGUCUGUUUUUAACUUACAAAUAACCAGUAAAAUAAUGAAAAGGGAGAAACUACUGCAAGAGAGGAAAAGAAAGAGGGAGACUUGAUUCUACUACAGACAAAGUUUAGGACAACAUCUUAUCUGAAAAUAUUUAGAAUCAAACAGGUAAUUCCAUACAUUUUAAUUGAGUUACUCGGUAGCAAAAAAAAACCUUUUUGCUGCUUCAAGCUUUAAAAAUCUGUCCACACAUUUUCACUUUUCAAUAUAUUUUGCUUGCAACCCCUCUUAAUCCAGCUUACAAUGAAAUAUUAAGGACAAGAUGUGCAACAGAUUGAGGAGAGUAGCUACUUGUAGUAUCUGAGUUGUACUGUAAGGGUGCACCCCUAUGUAUAUUGAGAGAGAGAGGCCUUAGCUAGACCUACAGUUUAGACAGCAACAGAGGAGGGAAGAUCCCACAAUGUGUUUAUCGCGAGAUCCCUCCUCUGUUUACAUGCAACGACCUCAGAAGGAGAGGUGUCGUGCCUGCCAUUUUUUAAAAAAAUUAAAGGGCCAGCAGUGCAUGAAUGCUUGUGCGCAUAAGGUAAGUGGUUUUUUAAUUUAAACUACUUUCCCCCCUCCCCCCACCCUCCCCCCAAUGGGCACAGCGCUCCCGGCUCCUCGCGAGGAAUCGCGCGGAGCCAGGUCAACACGUUCUGCGGUCUCGGGCAAAGCCUGGGACCAUGGAAAAACCAGGGCCAAAGGGGAGGGCGAGAUCCCGGGGCAAGGGAGGGAUCAUCCCUCCUUGAUCCCAGGAUCCCCUGUGCAUCAUAUGGAUGCACAGGGACGAUCCCGGGGAUCACUCAGGGGUAAAGCCCUGUCUAGCUAUGGCCAGAGAGAGAGAAAAGUCCUACAACUCACAGCAUGCCCUAAUCAGCCAUGCUAAAUAUGCAUAGGAUUGUACCCUAAAUACAGUUAUGUUCUGUCUUAGGAAUCCAAAACCUGUGAUAUUUAACUUAUUUACUCAGAGUACUCUAUUUUUAUUAACGUUUUAAUUAAGAUGUUUGAAUUUAAUCUGGAUUUUAUUGUUAGCUGUCUUGAGCAUCAUGUUUUUGGCAGAAAGGAGGGAUAGAAAAUAAAUUUCUUAAAAUCAAUGGUGCUUGAUUUUGGGGGAUUCCCCCUCAGCUGCCCGCACCGCGCACCAGCCUACCCCACUUAGCAGGGUUCCCCGUGGCAUCCGUGUAGCAUUUUCAGGAGACUGGACAGGCUGUUGUGGGCAAGAGGACUGGGCAGGGAAAUCUGCUUCCCCCAGUCCCAUUGCAUGCACCUAAACCUGGAGCUAACCCAAUGGCCCUGCUUUGGUUGUAGCGGGUUCUAGAUGCUGUCCAGUCAGCAAACAGUCCAGCCUACAGGUGGCUAGCUGACACAACAGAGGUGAUUUAAGACCAGGCAGAGAUCAGAGUACAGGCAGGCAGACAAGAGGGUCAGGCAACAACAAGAGUGAACAGGAUAACAAGCGGGAGGUCAACACGGUAAAUCAGUCAGGUAUGUUAUGCAGCUCAGAAGCAGAGUCGUUAGGCAAUCCAAAAGGUCGGGAAACAAGGUAUCAAUUGCAGAACCGGUUGAGGAACCCGGCUAUAAGGCAAGAUGGACCAAGUUGUUCCAACGCUGGCUGGAUUUUCUAUGAAGGCUUUUAAGCCCAAAGCCUGCUGGACCCCACCCAGAGCUCAGCUGCCGUAAUCAAGCCUCCCUUUCCGGAUCCUUAUUCCUGAGGAGUCACUUUCUCUUGAGGAGACCUUUUCUGGAGGGGAGCCCAGGGGUCAAGAGGUUGCUCAGCCUCUGCCUAGGGGCAAAAUCCCUUUCCCCUGACAGGGAUGGCCCUGCAACCACCUCCCAAGGGCUCAGGCUCCUGUGGGUCUGGUGGCAAUUCCUGGUCUGGGGUGCCCUGGGUUUCUGGGGCCUCUGGCUCUUCCUCCAAAGAGGUCUCCACCCGUAGGGGCAUGACACUAAUGGAUUUUCCUUUUAAUUUCCAUCAUGACAGUAUGGCAUACAUGGCCCGUUAUGCACAGGCCUUUGAAGUCUCUAAUUACAUUUUUGAAAGCUAUGAAUUGUUUUUAAAAGUUUGUGUGCUAAUUGUUUUUCCUAUUAGACCAUAGAACAUUUACAUAGGCCAGUAUGCAGUAUGAAAAUAUGGUCUUAGAACAAAGGUUUUUUUAAAUGAUGCUUUAAAAAUCAAUCUGUAAUAUAUUUGUUUUUUUCAUUCCAAUAUCAAACGGGGGUGGGGAGUUAUAACCACAAAAGUGUUGUUUUGAGUAAUUUUAAUAUUAUGACAUAUGGCUUUAUAGUGAUAAUUUUUUGCAAAUGUAUAUGCAUAUUAACCUUUUGUAUGCAAUAACUAGAAUCUCUACUUUCAUAUAUGUAAAAUAAGAUACAGGGUUUUAUUACUUUUAAUUCAGAUGAUAUGUCUGAUUUUUUUUCUUUGAACUUUAAAUCUUUGUAUUUUGUAAAUCACCAUUUAUAAAAAGCUGAAACAUUAAA